AAGUAGAACUCAAAACAAGAAAAAUUUAUUUUCCGAAAAGACAAUUAGAGUAAAAAAUAAAUAAAUAAAUACGUAUCUAAAUUUUCCGUUGAGCAAUUGAAAAAGUAAGUCUCCAUAACUUCGUCGAGUAGUGCCACCAAUUGCACAAUGGCGUAUGGUAUAGGCAGUGUAGUUUGCCUUUUAAGGACAAUCCUAAUCAGAAUAACAGUGGGACCGAUAUCUUUCUUAUUCCUUGAGCUUUCAAAAUUUAUGAUUGUGUUGGUAGUAGCGUUUUGGGUAACAGUCGGUAUAUUCUUAAUGCUGAACAUUGCGUUUCAGUGGGAAAGUAUAAUGCCAGAAGCAGCAAUUCGCCUUUCCGCGGCCGCCGCUGCAGUGGUUGCCAACACUAGUGGUCUCAUGCCCAACGACGAAGGUAAGGGUAACGCUGAUGAAAGGCGCAACUAUCCUUUUAUUGUAGAUUUACCCAAAACUGCAUCAUCGGAUUUGGAAACACAAAUUAAAGAAGAAACAUUACUACAAAUGCCUGCAAAAGGGUCUAUACUUAAUGCAACUACUUCGGAAAUUGUUAAAGAAGCAAAGAUUGAUUCCAACAUUGAAGAGCGGCGAAGAUCUUCUCGACCACAACUAUCCACGACAACAAAGAAAAACGAAAUGGAUGAAGUGUUGAAGACCGAGGAGGCAGAUGAGUGAUUAAGUUUUGAAAUCAAACAAAAAAAUGCGAGGGGAUAUGUUUGUUUGUACAAGCUGAAUUGCUGUUCGAUAUUUUGGGAAUCUUUAUCAACAGCUGUCGUUCUAUUGGCUGCCAUUUAUUCACCUGGUGAAUUUUCGUUCUCGCAUAUGCUCUAUUUACAUACAUACAUACGUACAUAUACAUAUCCAUUUGGUUUUAUCAAUAUGAACAAAUCUUUGAAUGUUUUUUGGUCAGAAAGUGUCUUUAAGAUUUUGAGUGGGCAACAAAUAACUGUAAUGGGUUGCCAGUUAUAAGCAAUGGAAUAAAAAUUACAGAAAACAAAUUACAGUUAA